AUGAUGCUAUUUAUAUCCGAAGAUGUACCAAUUAAUUAUAAACAAUUGGUUGAUACAUUUAAUGAAUCAAUAUGCAAAGAUUAUUCAAUUAUAAUUCCAACAUCAAAUGAUUAUGAAUCAUCAUUUUAUAUCUAUUUAAAAAUAUUAGAUAACAAGAAAUUUAAUGAGACAGUUCAAAGUUCAAAACUUAAUUAUGUUAUACAGAAAAAAUGUAAUUUAUAUUUAAAAGUCUUAACAACUUUAGAUCGUGAGCAGUAUUCAACGUAUAUGAUUCGACGACAUUUUUUACCCAUAAUUUAUGAUAAUCACACCAUAGUACCAAAGUAUAAACCGUUUACUAUACAAUUUUCAGUUGUAAUUCUAGAUGUGAACGAUCAUUCACCUCAGUUUGAAGUUGACCAUUUUCGAUUUAGUAUUAAUGAGAAUACGCCUGUUGGUAAAAAAAUUGGCCAAGUAUUGGCACAUGAUCCGGAUACAUUUUUGAAUGGAAAAAUAACGUACACAAUAUUUGGUGAUGAUUUGUAUGUAAAUAAAACGAAUAAAUCUGGUAGAAAAAUGUUUCAGAUUGAAGCCGAUAGUGGAGAACUUUAUCUAUUAGAAGCAUUAGAUUAUGAAACAAAAUCUGAAUAUUUAUUCAUAGUGGAAGCCAAGGAUAAUGGUAAUGUGGAGACUACGAGUUGGCCAUCAAUAUCGUCGUAUGCUGAUAUUUUCAUAUAUGUUAACGAUGUUAACGAUUGUCAACCUGAAAUUAGUCUUACAUUACUGUAUAAUGAAUCAAUCUCACUAUCGUCGAUCAACAAAGAAAAUCAUAACAUUAUCAAUAACGUGUCUCCACAAAUAUACUCACUUCUGAGAAAUGAUAGCAAUUCAUAUACUGCAGAAAAUUUUAAUAAAUACAACGAUAUUGAAGAUGACUUUAUCGAUUAUUUUCGUUCAGAGUAUAAUAAGAAACCUAAAGAACAACAAGUCUCGUUUCAAGUAGUACAAUUUAUUGAAGAAGAACCAAUUUUAGCUGACAAUCUAUUAGGAUUGAUUUCUAUUCAUGAUAAUGAUCAUUCAGCAAAUGGAGAGUUGACAUUAGAAUUACAAGUCUAUGUUCAAUGUACAAACAGGACAAAAUUCACUAGAGAUGAUUUGACUUUGCAGAAUUCGAAUAAAACCACAUGUAUUUAUCAAAUUGAAAAUUAUUUUCGUUUAUUAUUAUUUCGUCCAAAUGUUUAUGGUUUGUUCAAUAAUCUAAUAUUAGAUCGAGAUGAUCAUGAAAUAUUUAUGUUCAAAUUUAUUGCUGACGAUCAUGGUGAUAGACAAAUACAAAAUACAAAUUAUUUUCAAUUUAAUAGUAGUAAUCGAUUCAAUGAACUAUUAAAUUUAAAUGAAUUUAAUCAAAAAAAAUUAAAAAAGCAACUAUAUUCCAGAAAACAUACUUUCACAUCAGAUAAAUACAACAUUGAAAAUUUAUUUUCGCUAAAAUCAGAGAUUUAUCUACAUUUAAAAUUGUUAGAUAUUAAUGACAAUCAUCCACAAUUUGUAAAACCUUAUUAUCAAGUUUUAAUUGAUGAAAAUCAACCACGUGGUACAUUUGUCGUACGUGUACAUGCCAAUGAUAUUGAUAAAGGAGAAAAUGGAACUGUACGCUAUGAAUUAAUUCCAUACAUAAAUAGAAGAAAACAAUUGAAUAAAAAAUUCAUUCAUAAUCGAAGUAUUACACCGUUAUUAUUUAAUACUAAUGUGAAAAAACGUUUAUUAAACAAAUUAUUUAAUAUUAAUUCUAUUAAUGGUAUCAUUACAACAAACACUCAAUUUGACUAUGAAAAUUGUGCUUAUUAUCGAUUUGGUAUCCGAGCUUACGAUUUAGGUUUAAAUCGAAAAUCAUCAACGACUAUCGUUGAUGUUAUGAUUCAAAAUCGUAAUAAUCAUGUUUCAUACUUUUUACAAGAUCAAUAUGAAUUUUUUAUAGAAGAAAAUUUGCCAAUAGGAACAAUUGUUGGUAAGAUAACAAUUGGCGACGAAGAUGAUAAUUUGCCUAAAGAAUUAUUCAUCAAUUUUUUUACAGACAGUGAACUAAAUGAAUUUGAUGUUCAAUUAGCUCUGAUGAAGACAAAAUCAAAAGUAAACAUAAAUUUAAUUCAAUAUACAUUUGGUGAUACUGAACAAAAUGUAUCCUCGAAUUUCAUAAUUGAUUUUAAUGGUGUUCUUCGAACUUUAGUCGUUUUAGAUCGAGAAACUCAUUCAGAAUAUAAUCUAUCCAUUGUGUUAUAUGAUGAUGAAUUGAAAGUCUCAUCAUCACCAGCAAUGGUUCAUAUUAUAGUGUUAGAUGUCAAUGAUAAUGCUCCUUUAUUACGUCGUUCAGAUACAUCUCACAUCAUCUCAAUAAAUCAAGACGAUUUGUAUACAUCCGAUGAUCAUGUUAUAUAUAAACUAGACACUGUUGAUUUUGAUGAUGGAAUGAAUGGUCUAGUUACGGUGAAUUGUACUAAUUGUACACCCUAUUUUAGUGUUGAUCAAUAUGGAAAAGUUAAAAGAACACCAAACAUGAUUGUGCCAAAUGGGUUUUAUACAUUUAGUAUUUUAUUACGCGAUAAUGGAACAAAGAGGCCACUUGAAACUCAACAUUGGUUACGUUUACAUAUUAAUGGUCUAAAAUAUGAAACAAAUAGUUCAUUACCACAAUUAAAUCCCUAUUCAAUAAUAGACAUUAUUGAAAUGAAAAAUAAUAGAAUAAAAUGGCUAUUGAAUAUAACACAAUUGAAAUCACAAAUAUGGUUUCUUAUUCUGUUCUGUGUCAUCUGGUUAGUGUUGGUAAUCGCAGCCAUUUGGACGUGUUGCCAAUAUAAAAAACAGAACAAAGAGAAAAAGAAACGUUUAUUAAUAUCACAAGUACGUGAUAAUAAAAUAAUUGUUCAUGAACAAUCGCCAUAUGAUAUAUCACACUCUAAAACAGCAUGCAUUUAUACAAAAUUAACCAAUAAAAAUAAAAAUAAACAGUUAAUCAUAAUAAAUAAGAAUAAAAAUAACGAUUCAUUACAGAAGGAUGAUGAAAUUGAAGAUACAAGUUAUGAUGCUGAUGGAAUUCUGAGUGAUAAUAAUUUUGAUUUAACAACAAGGAAUAAUAACAAUAAUGAAACGCAUGAAAUAAAAAGAACUGUAAGUUUAUAUUUUGUUUUUCUAUCGCUCACAUUCUAAUAGGAAGAAUUAUUUUUAUAAACCCUACUUUUUCGAUCUCAUGGUAUAAUCUUUUCAAUAGUUUUCAAGUCUUGUAUGUUUCUGAGAAAACAAGUUUUUUUUUCUUCAAAUAUACAUAGGUGAUUUGCACUCCUAUAGUUCAUAUAGAAAACUAUCCUAAAAAUAAACUUCGUCUGACCUAUUUUUGACGAUCUCAUCGGUUUAUGGUAGUCCUAGCGUUGACAAAAAAAUAGUUUUUCCAACUAUCAUCUUCGUUCUUGGACAAUCCGUUUAGACUAGUCUCAGCCCCUAGUCUCAGCCCCUUAGAACAUCUAUUUCAACAUGAUUGGAGGAAAAACAGCACGUUUUCAGGAUCGAGCUGCCUCUCAGUCACAUAUGAAUACAAGUCAUGUUAUGAAGCCGUAAAAUAUUUACCAUCAGACAACCCUUGUGAAGAUACAUCGAAGGGUAUAUAAUAAGUUGAGUUUUGAUCAUGUUUUCAUUAAAAUAUCAUAGCGUAAUACUCGCGGGACAUUUUUGCAGUGAUAUUCAAGUUUUUUGAAUAUGGAGAAUCAUAAGUUAAAAAAAGGGUUAAAAAAUGAGCAUUAAAGCUCCAGCAUUUAUGAAGAUACAAGUGAAGCAAAGUGGAAUAAUUCUCGGGACAAGGUGUGCGUAAAAUGACUAUAGCAGAAAUUGUUCGCCAAUUUGUGAAAUGAAACUUUAAUCUUUUACUUUUUUUUGCUAAACUGGUCGGUAAGCGCAGGACUAUCUUCUGACUAUUUUCGAUAAGGAUUCGCCGGGCUGUAUCACAUUUUUACUCACGAGACAAAGAGAGGUCAACGUGAAUGUUUCGUUUCACAAAUGCGCCACUGUUUUGCAUUUUUUCAUUGGAAUUGAUGUAGAAACGUAAAACACCUUAUAUAUUCGAAAUCCUUCACGAUUUUGCAAACUGUUAAUGAUAAAGAGAACUCUUGAAACUGUAUUUCGCUGUAGAAAAAACGUGAGUUUUCGUCAGUAGAUUAUGCCAAAAAACAAGGAUCGUUAGGACGCCUGCGCCGUAUCUCAGCAACUAUAGCACAUAACUAGCUUAUAUUUUCAGGAGUAGUUGGCAUUGUUCAGACAAACAAAAUGAAGAAAAGUUUUAGAAAUUCUAUGCAAAGGAAACAAAGUUAUUUUGCGCUUCGGGGAGCAAUUGUACAAUGGCAGCACAAAUCACUCGUUGUUUGAAUAAAAGAAAAUAGGAACUAUGAUUUCUAGAUACCCUUGCGCAAGAAAGUCGCUUAAUUUGUUCAAUGACAUUGUUAGAUUUGAGUAAAAUGUUCAGAGAAUGUAGUUCGUCUUGCAUUAGUAUGAUUUUCCUUAAUGAAAGUGUCCACCAUACUCAAACAGUUAUUUUUGAUCAUCAAGUUUUCCCA